CCAAUCCUGGAUAGGUGCGCGCUCACGGCUCACUCAAAUAGACCCCGCCACAGAUCACAGAUUAACUGAUUUACCAUGGCAACUAGAGCCGCGUACUUUUCCCCGUCGGAAGCACAAAUCCUCAUGGAGGCAUACGAGGAGGUAAAAGAUAUAAUUAAGAAGAAAGGCAACACUGCCACAGUGAUAAAGCAAAGAGAAAAAGCGUGGCAAAGUAUUGCAGACCGCCUGAAUGCAUUAAACAUGAACGGGCCAAAACGGACAUGGCAGCAGGUCAAAAUCAAAUACAAGAACAUUCUGCAGAAUGCAGUGAAAAAGAAUACCCACAGACAAGGCACGGGUGGUGGGUCACCAAAGGCUGACCUUACCCCAGCAGAGGACAUGGCCUUGGAGCUAAAUAAAGGCAGGCCCGUCUUAGAGGGGAUCCCUGGGGGAAAGAGACGAGCAUAGGUUCCUCCCAAGAUGCCACCCGCUUCAUUCAAGUGUCUGGCAGCACUGUGUUCCUGUUAGAGCCACCAGCACAAGCACCAGACGAUGCUGAUCCAGGUGAAGGCCCCAGUGCAGCAGCAACAGCACAUGAUGGAGACGAUGAUGAUGAGGAGGAGACCAUCUCUCUGGAUUCCAGAAGGCAUGAGGUAUCAUGGUAAGACUGUGAAAGUACUAUUUACUCUACAAUGGUGAGGAGUCCUCAUCAAAAUCAAAAAAUCUAAUUUCUUUUACAGGACCCAGAUGCUAUACAGUGGGAAAACCAGCCUGGCAACAUAGUGCGUAUUAAUAAAAGGACACCACAUCCUGCCAAAUUCCAGCUGCGCUAAUUGUAUUGUGUUCACAGAGCUCACAAGCUAUCAGAAAGUUGUAUGGCAACCACCUCCGGCGCCAAAUAGAACUGGCAGACAUAGACAUUCAGUACAAGAAGAAAAAGAUGGAAAAUCUUGCACUGGAGUCCGAAAUAAAAAAGAGGACAAUUAGGAAACUGGACCUUGAAAUAAAAAAACUUGAGAGGGAGCUCCAAGAAGAUGACACAGCUCAAAAUAAAAAUUAGCACCAGGUGUGGCCACUAGCCUAUAUGAAGGCCCAAAAUUGUGUGUUCCUUUCUGCUCUGACAAUGGCAUGCCCAUUCGUGCGAGAUGUGGUGGAUGAAGAAGCACUUGUGCUGAGGAGAGCCUUCAGGCGAGAAAGGGUCUUCAGGGACCGGUUGGACCCACUGGCCUUCCCUGACGACCAUCUAUAUGAAAGAUACAGGUUUUCUGCAGAUGGCAUCAGGUAUCUAUGCAGACUACUGGGUCCCAGGAUUAAGCACCGCACUGCACGGAGCCAUGCACUGAGUGUGGAGCAAAUGGUUUGUGUGGCCUUGCGCUUUUUUGCUAGUGGAGCCUUCCUGUACUCAGUGGGGGAUGCAGAACAGCUGAACAAGGCCACAAUUUGCCGCACAAUAAGGAGUGUGUGUCUGGCUAUCAAAGCAUUAGCAGAUGUCUUCAUCUCCUUCCCUGGCCACAGAAGACUCUGUGACAUCAAAGAGGAGUUCUAUAGGAUUGCAGGUUUCCCCAAUGUCAUUGGUGCAGUGGACUGCACACACAUAAGGAUAAAAGCCCCCUCAGGUGCCCAUGAGGCCGAUUUUGUGAAUAGGAAAUCCUUUCACAGCAUUAAUGUUCAGAUGGUCUGCAAUGCUGACUGUGUGAUCAGCAAUGUUGUGGCAAAAUGGCCUGGCUCAGUCCAUGACUCCAGAAUCUUUCGGGCCUCUGAAAUCUAUCACAAGGUGAAUUCUCUGGUGUGUUGCUGGGAGACAGGGGUAUGGCUGCCAGCCUUUUCUCCUGACACCUUUCACAGACCCCCAGGAAGCACAGCAGGCCUACAACCAUGCCCAUGCCAGGACCAGGGCCAGAGUUGAAAUGACCUUUGGCCUCCUGAAGGCACGCUUUCACUGCCUUCACAAAUUAAGGGUCAGCCCUGUUAGGGCAUGUGAUAUUACUGUGGCUUGUGCUGUCCUCCACAAUGUGGCCUGCCUGAGGAAGGAGAGGGCCCCCAGAGUGCCACCAGCCAUGGACUGGGACAAUCCGGCAAUCUUCCCUGAUGACGACAGUGGUCGGCUGCUGAGGGACCAAUAUGUGUUGAAUUAUUUUAGUUAGUAUGUGUGCUUUCAAUUUUGGUUAAAUAUGUCCUGCGGUGGCAGAGGAAUUUGGUUUUUUUUGGGUU